AUGCGAAUUGUGCAACGUCUCUCUACCGAAAUCGAAUAUUUCCGCCAAACCCAGGAUGCAACCGGACGGCCUGGGAGUGGAGGGAUACGACCUUGUAGCAUCCCUUUUGGGGUUGAUCAGUUUGACCAACGAACUGAGGAAGGGGUUAAAGGAGUGGCGAGUUUCUUCAACUGGUAUUACAUGACUUUUACUAUAGUACUGCUCAUUACACAGACCGUAGUUGUGUAUAUCCAGGACCAAGUCAGUUGGAUUAUCGGCUUUAGUAUCCCUACCGGACUCAUGGCUCUUGCGGUGGUUAUGUUUUUUGCCGGAAUGAAACGUUAUAUCUACGUUAAACCUGAAGGGAGUAUAUUCUCUGGGAUUGCUCAAGUUGUCGUGGCAGCUCGUAAGAAGCGAAAGCUGAAAGUUCCGGUAGAAGAUGACGGCACUGUGACCUAUUACGACCCAUCCAUCAAAUCUAGCGUGUUAUCCAAGUUACACCGCAGUAACCAAUUCAGGUUUCUUGACAAAGCGGCGGUGAUAAUAGAAGGCGACCUAACACCAGAGGGAGCUCCAUCAGACAAGUGGCGGUUAUGCAGCGUCCAAGAAGUGGAAGAAGUGAAAUGUUUGAUCCGAAUCGUUCCUGUUUGGUCGGCCGGAAUAAUCUCACUUGCGGCCAUGACAACACAAGGCACUUUCACUGUCUCUCAAGCUUUGAAAAUGGAUCGACACUUAGGUCCUAAUUUCGAGAUUCCGGCUGGUUCACUCUCUGUCAUCUCUCUACUCACAAUAGGCGUCUUUCUUCCCUUUUACGACCGUGUUUUUGUUCCCUUCAUGAGGCGAAUCACCGGCCAUAAAUCAGGAAUCACACUCCUCCAACGUAUAGGGACAGGGAUCGUGUUCGCGAUCUUCUCUAUGAUCGUUGCGGGCAUUGUGGAGCGUAUGAGACGCAGACGCUCCAUUAGUGCUGGAGAUCCAACAGNUGGGAUAAACAAGCUCAUGAUCAACUAA